AUUGCUUUAUUAUUGACAUUAUUUGAUGAAGUAAUUAAAAUUAUUACAGGUACGUCAUAAGGUCGAUUAUUAUGAACAUAAUCCUCACUGUCGGCUCGGCUACUCAAUAUUUUAUGCAACGUGUAACGUUAGCAGUAACCAUUGCGUUACUAAUAACGUUGCUAACAUUAUUGCGUGACUUGUUCACUAAGCUAGUUACCAAUCUCCUUGAACGUCUCGCAGUGUUUACAGUUCACCAUCAUUUCAAAGAUCGAGCGACUUCAGUGAGAUCUCCACAAGAAAUAUGGGAAUUUUGGCAAGUCGAGGAAUAGAGUAUGAAGACAGCUAUCGUUCCUUUUCCGAGAAAGAGCGCCAACAACUUUUGUCCCUAUUCGCCAGGCUGGCUACAGCGAACGAGCAUGGAAUAAUGAAGGUAGAGCUUGAGCCGUUCAAGAACCAGUUGACAUGGCUUUUGCCAGAGCCCAUCAUUGACCGUUUCUUUAAAGAAAUGUGCAAUAUUCAGCGGGCUCGUAGAGCUUUGAAAAAUCCGCUGCAGAAUGGACAAGUGGGAAAGGUGGCUUUCUUUGUGUCCAUGUCUCAUAUCUUUAAAAGAAGCAGAGAAGAGAAAGCACACAUAUUUUACUACUUAACAGCUGAUGUUGAUCAAGUUGUAACCAGCGUAGAGGUAGAAGAUCUCUGUAAAACACUAUUGGAUGCCUAUGUAAUUGCAUUAAAGAAGACAAGCAUUGGUGCAGAAUGGAAGCUGCAAACAAAUGCACAAGCAAACCAUAGAUUUGCCAAAAAUGCCAUCAAAGAUCUUCUAGGGAAGAAAACAGAUCCUAGUUGUGUUUCUCCUGAGGAAGUUGUCUCAUGGUUUGGUAAGUUUCCACUGAUUGAAAAUUUGUUUCUUGCUGUGUCAAGAGCUUGUUUCCUUGAUGUGGAGAGUCUGUUAGAAGAGAAGCCUCAUGGACUGGAUGAAGGAUGUGAAGAGACAGUUGCACAUGUUCAGUAUGACAGGUCACACAUCAUAAUGCCAUGCAAGUUUGAAGUGGAUUUCAGUAAAAUUGAUUCACUGUUGGAUAUUCCAUCUAUUGUCCUCAUUAAUCAUCACUUACCGGCAUCACAGCAACAUCGAUGGCGGCUUUUGUUCUCAACUCAGAUUCAUGGUGAGAGCUUCAGUGCUUUCAUUCACCAAAUAACCAAUCAAGGACCUGUGGUAAUUGUGGUCAGAGACACUAGUGGACAUGUCUUUGGAGGGUUUGCCUCAAUGAGUUGGACUAUCAAGUCUCAUUUUGUAGGUGAUAGCUACUGCUUUCUGUUUAGCGUAAAGCCUAACAUGGGUGUGUAUCACCCUACUGGCUACAACGAGAACUUCAUGUAUCUCAAUAUGGGCAUGCAAACAAUGCCCAAUGGACUGGUAAGCAGUGCAGAAUUAUUUANAUUUCAUGUAAAAGAACCUUUCAAAAUAUCUUGUAACGUUAUAUUAGUGACGAGGAGUUGUGAAGGCCUUUUGGGAUUUGAAAUGAUCUGGGGGCUUCUAAGGUUAGGAAUUUUCUGGUGGACUGUUUUGUAA